GGCCCCGCACGGCCCCGCCGAGACACGUCCCGGCCCCGCCGGCGCGGCGGAGGAGAGGUGUGAGGGCUCGCCAUGCCGCUGGUGAAGAGGAACAUCGAGCCCCGGCACCUGUGCCGGGGGGCCCUGCCCGACGGGGUGACCAGUGAGCUGGAGUGUGUCACCAACAGCACGCUGGCUGCCAUCAUCAAGCAGCUGGGCAGCCUCAGCAGGCACGCAGAGGACAUCUUCGGAGAGCUGUUCAACGAAGCCAACAGCUUCUACAUGAGGAUGAACUCACUGCAGGAGAGGGUGGACCUGCUGGUCAUCAAGGUGACGCAGCUGGACUCCACCGUGGAGGAAGUUUCGCUGCAGGACAUCAACAUGAGGAAAGCCUUCAAGAGCUCCACGGUGCAGAACCAGCAGGUCGUGUCCCGCAACUCCAUCCCCAACCCGGUGAUGGAGAUGUACCAGCGCUGCGACAAACCCCCGCCCCUCAACAUCCUCACGCCCUACAGGGAUGACAAGAAGGACGGCCUCAAAUUCUACACCGACCCCUCCUACUUCUUCAACUUAUGGAAGGAGAAGAUGCUGCAGGCGACAGAAGACAAGAGGAAGGAGAAGCGCAGGCAGAAGGAGCAGCGGCUGGUGGAGGACUCCACCCGGGAGGUGAAGAAGGUGAGGAAAGCCCGCAACCGGCGCCUGGAGUGGAACAUGAUGGCGUAUGAUAAAGAGUUCCGGCCGGAUAACAGGUUCUCACCAUCCCCCUAUCACAUGGCAUCAUCGGAAGGAUCACUGUCCCCAGAUAAUAGGUCCUACGCGUCGGACGCUGCCGACCACUCGUACCCGGCCAGCCCCAACCACCCCGCGCAGCUGCUGGCCCCGGCGGCCCACCUGGCCCCGGCGGAGCACAAGGAGGGGCUGGCGGCCACCAACCCCCCCGAGCUCGUGUUCCGGCCGGCCGCGGGCAGCCGCCAGAACAGCCUGACCCGCCUGCAGCAGCCCCACGCGCCGCCGCCCGCCGAGGCCGUCCUCAACGGGCCCAGGCCCCACCUAGUCAAGGAUUACGGCCCGCAGCCGGUGCCCAUGGCCGAGUACUUCGUCCCUCCGGCGCCGCCGCCGCCGCCGCCCGUCAUCCCGUCGGCGCAGACCGCCUUCGACAGCCCCAUCUCGGCUCCCCCCGCGCUGGCGCCCGGCUCGGCCGCCGCCCCGUCCUACGCCCCGUCACCGCCCCCCGCGCCCCCCGGCCCCUACUCCGCCUCGCCGCCGCAGCCCGGCCCCUUGGGCCCCCCGGUGGCGCCGCCGCCGCCGCCGCCCGGGCCGCCGGCCGUGUCCGCCUCGCCCGCGCACUCCGCCGAGCCGCCCGCCGCCGAGCCGCGCAAGCCGCCGCUGCCGCUGGUGCCCAUGAGCGACGCCCGCAGCGACCUGCUGGCUGCCAUCCGCAGGGGAAUCCAACUCCGGAAGGUCCAGGAGCAGUGGGAACAAGAGGCCAAAAAAGAGCCGGUGGGCAAUGACGUGGCGACCAUCCUGUCGCGCCGGAUCGCGGUGGAGUACAGCGAGUCCGACGACGACUCCGAGCUGGACGAUAACGAGUGGUCGGACUGAGGGCCCGGGCGGGGCGGGCUCGGAGCUCCCGGCUCCGCUCCAGGUGUGUACGGGCACCUUCCCCACCGUCGCUGCUCGGGCAGCAGCUUUGCUUUUACACUAUGUCCAAAAACCCUUCGGGCAGCAGCAGCAGCAGCACUGGUAGGAUACACCUCGGAGGCAGUGAGACCAGAAAUUAGCAGCACCUUCACAGUUAAUGACUUUCCAAAAUUCUCUGAAGGCAGGUUAAUAGGAUUACUCCAGAUCUACACCUGGAGCAAGACUA